AUGGUGAGACGAUACGUCGGAAUCCUCCUUACUUUUAUUCUUCUAACCACGAUUCCGUCUUCCGAUUUCGAAGAGCUCCAACCUACAGCGUUUAAUGAACGUGACUAUGUGUCUGAUAAUGAAGAAAACUCCAACGCUUGGAACAAUGCCGACUCGGAGAAAACGAACCCACAAGCCUAUUCCAACUCCACAUCUCCAAAGACCAACACGAAUGACCCUAUUGAAGACAGGACGGUGAAGGGAGAUACUUGGCUACAACAAGGGUUGUCGACAAGAUGGGCAGGAAGCAACCGCGGCACCAAGACCCACAGCUACACCAAGUACAACUGGGCCAUCAAUGGUAACAGGCACGUCAUCAAUGACAUCACCCUCACUGAAAGACACAUCCACAGCAUCUGCAACAUACACAUCCAUGGACAAGACAAUGGACAUGACUGUAUCUCGGAUAAAGGUCCAACUCAGCUUGAAGAAGUUGGCAACUCUUUCAUCAAGGACGGCAUCCCAACUGAGUACCGCCCGCCACCGACCAAGGACGGCACGACCUGGACCCACACCAACUAUCCCGGCGAACGUCAGAAGUCAAGGGUGAAGAGAGCGAGUUGGUUUCAAGAUAAUCGGCAAAAGAACCAGCCCUGGCACGGGUUCCGUCACUUCAGGACGAACAAGCGACAUGGCACGGCCCCCGGGAAGGCACGGCUACCGGGACGACACGGCAAGGCAUACGGCAGACAACUGUCCUCCCAGUCUUCAGCAAGUCACCGGGGCAUCGGAAGGAACAGGAAAAUGCCAACCGCUCAAUCCCGGUUUCGAUCUUUGGGUGGAACGAGAAACGGCAAGACGUCGACCUCCCACUCCUGGGUGAACAGUAACAAGACGUCGACAAUCCAACCGAAGACGAGCGGCCAUGUACCAGUCACUCCACCACCAUCACCUGGGUCUCAAAACGGCAAUAGGAACAGCAAAGCAUCAAGUUCCAGACUCUCGCCUAGGGCCCAUCGCCGUAUCACUCACCGCCAUACAAAAACCACCAGACCAACUGCUGUGAACUGUAAAAGUGACACCAAGAAGAGGGGUUGGUUCUUUUCCUCAUCAUCCCGUCGGUGGCCCUGGUUUCGAAGAAGUCGAAAUGACCGUACCCAAGCAGAGUGCUCCGAUGGCAGAGCAGAAACUGCCCAGCCACAGCCAAGAUCCCCCGCCGGUAGAGCCAAGAACAAGGACAGUCGGUCUACAACGACUAAACUGAAAUGUAAGCCAGGGAUUCAAGCCAGACUGGAAUCCAAAUGCCGCCGGCGAUGUAGAUUCAGCAGUCGUGAUAAAGGUGGGAAGUCUCGGUUUCCUUCCUGGGGAUUUGGUUUUUUCUCCAAAAACUCCUGCAAUUGCGUCAAUGGAAAACACCAAAGCGACUGCUCCGCUAACAUCGAAAAGCCCACGCAAGCCGUGACUAGUACACAGAACCCCAAGGAAAAGAUCAGCUCCAAGGAACAUGACCAAGUUAACAAGCAAAAUGGGAAUAAAGAGAGGGCCUACAGCAACACCAAGAAGACUAAAAACGCCCAAAGUGACAAACGCACCACUAACACUGGUAACGCCCAGAGUAACAAGCACGUCUCCACGAGCAGGGCUAAUGGUAAGGGUAAGGGCAGAUGGUCUUCAAGAAUUUGCAAGCCAAGGAUCCAAGCAGCGAUAGCAGCCAGGUGUCAUUUGUCCUGUAGACGACCUACGUCCGUCUUUACAAGACUGCACAACGUAUGCAAUUGUGUCAAUGGAAAACACCAAAACGAAUGCCCCAACAACGUCGAAAAGCCCAAGCAAGAAGUAGCCAAUCCCAAAGAAAAGAAGAGUAGCAAUGCCCAAGACAACAGUGAUGCCAACGGACGCCCCAAAAACAAUAAGAAUGUCAACACCAACAGACGUACCAACAAUUACGGCGACAGACAGGGUAAGGGUAAGGGCAGAUGGUCCUCAAAGAGCAGAAUUUGCGAGCCAAGGAUCCAAGCAGCGAUAGCAGCCAGGUGUCAUUUGUCCUGUAGACGACCUAAGCCCGCCUCUACAGGACUGUUAAGCUUUUGCAAUUGUGUCAAUGGAAAACACCAAAACGACUGCCCCACCAACAUCGAAAAGCCCAAGCAAGAAGUAGCCAAUCCCAAGGAAAAGAAGAGUAGCAGUGAAGCCAACGGACGUCCCCCAAACAAUGACAACGGCAACAGAGGUACCAAUACCAACACCAACAGACGUACCAGCACCAACGCCAACCAGCGUACUAAAACCAACGGCAAAACCAACGAUGACAAAGCCUCCCCCAUCAACCUGCAACCUCCAACUGCCAAAACCAGCGAGAAAAAACGAGGGACUAACAUCACCAAAAAUCAACAUGAUAAGAACAAAAUCACCUCUCAAAAAUUAAAGAGCAAACUGACAAAAGAAACCGGAAUCAAUCAGAACAAGGACAUCGGCGCGAAGAAUGUCAAGGACAACAAACCCACCAAGAGUAAAGCUACUAUCAUGAUGAACGACAAAGGAAUCCCUAACGGUGGAAGGCUCCAUCAGAAGGCAAAGAUUAUCACAGACAGCCUAGUGAGUCCUGCUACAACCGCCAAAAAGAUCGAGAAGAACGAUGCCAUUGACAAACAGGCGACCAUAUCUUCAAUUGCCAAGAAGAACGGGGACAACGGGUACACGACACCCAGGGGGAUUGGACAAGCUUCAUCGGAUGACCCUAUGCUCGCAGAGAAACCAAAGAGCAUCUCGAACAUAUCGGCACGACAUGACAGCGGCUGCUCUUCCGCAAGGUUGAAGGGUAAGGGGGGUCCCAAAACAGGAAACAGCGAGGAAGAAGAUGAGGAAGAAAAAGAAGAAGAGUAUGGGAGGAUCCGGGGCGUUAAUACCAAACGUCUGUCCCUCACCAGUUGCAAGAAACAAGAAGGCCCCGAUGAAGCACCUAAUGAGGAAAGCAACGAGUCGCCUGAUGACCCUGACGCUGAAUAUGAACAUGGUUGUAUCUCCGAAAAAGUUCAGGCUCAGCCUGAAGAAGUUGGCAACUCUUUCAUCAAGGACGGCAUCCCAACUGAGUACCGCCCGCCACCGCCCAAGGACGGCACGACCUGGACCCACACCAACUAUCCUGGCGAACGUCAGAAGUCAAGGGACGAACAGCAAGACGUCGCCUCCCCAAUCCCGGCCUCUUUUACUUGGAGACAGGACGAACAGCAAGACGUCGCCUCCCCAAUCCCGGCCUCUUUUACUUGGAGACAGGACGAACAGCAAGACGUCGACUCCUCAGUUCCGUCGGCCUCUUUUACCUGGCGACAGGACGAACAGCAAGGCACCAAGUUCCAGACUCUCGCCUUGGGCCCAGCGCCGUAA